UCGGUGGUUGUCUGUCGUCAUUCUUCUUUCCUUCGCCGAUUCGGGUGGUGUGUGUACUGUACGGUGGAAAAUUCGAUCCCGCUGCAAAUUUCGCGUUCGAAUCUGUUAGAAGUGAAAAUUGUUCGGACUGUGGAACGGCAAAUCUUCCAGAUCGAUUAAGGAUUUGCGGUGUUUGUGGAGAAAUGCAGCGCUGCUGGUUGGGGAUUGCUGCCCGGAUCGUGACCUAAUCCGUGUGGCGUGAUCCUAGUCCCUUGGAUAUUAGGUGAAAGGAGCAGCGGUGGUGCGAGUGCCAUAGCAUAAAAUACCUGCAGUGUCGUUUUUCCAUACGAAAUCUGCUGGAUUCUGAGCGCGAGUGUGGGAGUGGACAACGAUUCCGAAGUCCCUUUUUCCAACUAUAGCCCUCAUCGUGUUCGCGCGGAAGUCAACCCAUUGCCAGCCAGUUGAUUGGGAUUUAUUGCAUUUUUUCGUGCGGCGAGGUCGCCUCAUAAAAAGGCGAAUAAAAUUGUGACCCGUUUUUCCCGAGCUGGAAGUGUGUGGAAAAAAGUUCCCUAAUCGCGCAGCAAUAGUAGUAUACAUAUUUUCCCGGAGUGUGGCGGCGACGAAGGAGGGUAUCGCGUGUGUGUGAAUCGAACGAAGAGUGCGAGUGGGUGGUGGGUGGCGUCGCGGUGAGCCGCAAGAGGAGGGAAUUUUCCUCGUUCGUUUUCGCACAUUGCAUACGACAAAGCAGGCGGGCAGGCAUUGACGACGACGACGCCGCACAAACACACGUUCGUCCCUAGUAGGUGGUGAAAAACAGCAAACAGUCAGCAGCAGUCGCCGUCGCUCACUUGACUACCAGCCAGAACGCAGAAACCGAUAGUGAAGUGAGGAAGGGGUUUUCUCACUGGUGAGCGCACGGUCACGCGGGAACGGUGAAGGAGACAAUUGGUCGGUGAGGCGGCGCGAAGAUGGAAUCCGUCAGCAUGGUCGGUGCCAACGGCGGAGGGUGUCCCGAUGCCGAUGGGACACCCCUGUUGAUAAAAGCCGCCCGAACCGAUCCACAGUUACCACAACCGCAACCGCCACCUGUUCCAGGCUCGGUGUCUUCCUCGUCGGCGCUGGAGGAGCAUCCAGCGGUGGACGACGAACCGAAUCACUCGGAUAAGCUUGGUGUACAUCUGAUUGUUAGUUUUCGCGAUAUCUGUGUCUUUACGUUGGUCCUGCCUCUGGGGACGCUGUUCGUGUGCUUCGUGACGGCGUACAUCUUCCAGCCCGAUGAAGUCCACGAAACCCACUGUCGGGUUUACAAUGUUAUCCCUUCGAUCAGUGCCAUCACCGGUGUCAGCCCCCAGAGGUACUUGUGGCGGAUCUCGAUAGCGCUGCACAUCGGACCAAGGAUUAUUAUAGCCUUCGUGUACAAGAACUAUUACCGGGCGUUGAUUCGGGAGCUCAGCGAUUUAGUGCGGAUCAAGAAAGCGACCAAUCUUCUCAGGAUUGUCCACGGUUUAAACAUAGUGGAAAUCAGUGCCCUCUGCUGCGUUACCUAUGUUUCCAACAAGGAAAACUAUCCCGUUCACGAGAAGGUCUUCAUCCUUUUCAUGACUUCGUCGUUGUCCUAUAUGCUGGCCACGCUCAAACUCCUGAAGGUGCUCCAGCCGAACGGACCGCAAACGCCCCAGGAGGACAGCUCCCUCCGGUACAAGAAGGCCUUCUUUGCCCUCUCGAUCGCCUCCACCGUUGGGUUGAUUUUGUUUUUCCUGAAGCAUCGCUUCCUGUGCCACGAUUUGGCCUUCAGUUGGUUCGCCCUGUGCGAGUACAUCGUGGCGUCGGCCAACAUGGGCUUUCACUGCACCACCAUGUUGGAUUUCCCGACGGAGGACUUCAUGAUUGCCAAAAACGCCAACCGGUACCGGAAGAAGCACGCCACCAUCAGUUGGAAGCUGGAUUGAGGAGGCUGCUGAGCAGAAAGAGCAGUGUUGCCAAUCGGUGCGAUCGGCAGCCACAUCAGUGUUGCCAUUGUUGUUGUUGUUGUCGUCGUCAGCAGCAGUACCAACCGCCCACAGGCCUGCGGUUUGAUAUCUAGUGAAUUCUCUUAUGUUAAGUAGGUGCAAAAGUUAGCCGGAGGAAAUCGUACCGAAUCGGUAUUAUUGGCACAAUUGGCAACGUUUCGGAGCGCAAUCGGUGCUUCCAAGGGGUGCUUAUUGAAGAUUUUCCUUUCCGAUCUGGUGUCUUCAGAAGAUGUUACUGUAGGUUAGACGUAGAGUAGUGUAGACAUUCCUUAAUUUCCACUGCGUUAGCUUUACUUUACUUUCUUCUUCGUCAGAUAAGUACACUCUGCCAUUUAGACAAGACCCAUUUCAGAAUGCCUGGAGAGACACGUCAAUUCGGAAGUCACUUUCACUUACAAUAAAACCCGCAUGUGUGCAUUAUCGUUAUCAAUUGGAUAAUAAUAUUGAAAACAUACUUCCUGAAUCAAAGAUAGUCUUUGAAACUGGCGUGUAUUUAGUUCAAUGUGUUCUAUUAACACUAAGCAGAACAUUCUCACCGGAAUCCAUCCAAGGUAGCGCUGCCAUCGUCAUGAGAACGUCUUCACAGCGCAGUCAAGCUUGUUCCGCGUAUGCAUUCUGUCAUCAUUAGAACACGCGUCACUCUAUCUCUCACAGAAUUACGAAUUACGGUACAUUUGAUUCUGCAACCACUCAAGAAUCACUAAUAUCAUGGUGUAUAAGCCAAAUAUGUAAAAAAUAUGACAUAAAUUAGCUAAACAAAGAUGCAUUUUAAACGCUUUACACCAUUUGCGUCACUCGAGCAGCUAGCAGCGGCAUGUAAACACACAAAACACUUCCAAAGGGCGUAGCGCUGUCUUGUUUCUUGAAACGCGAAACUGAAAUGGAAAACAAUUCUUUCCAAAAUCAAUAAAUCUACAUUGACAUUCACACAGCACAAACACUUUAACACACGGGAGAACUAUUCGGAUGGCAUUGCACCGACCAAACCGUCAGCGAAAUCGCGAGAAUGCGAAAGAAAUGUGACAAGCAGCUUGAAACACGUCUGCAAGGGGCAACGCCUACUGAGCCUUUCAACCGCUUGACACUUAUGUGGGGUACACGUUUAUUCAAUGUUUUUUACCUAAAUUCACAAGAAUUACAAUUUUCCAGGUGAGUGAACGAAGAACUCACCGUUGAACAGUUCACUCGUUACUCGUUACACUGUUACAGUAGACGUUCGAUAAGUGCAACAUGUUUACGUUUCAGUUACCGAAUGAAAUUCGCUAACUGCAACGACUAGCAGCCGUCAAUCAGUUGUCAAAUACUGGUGGACGCAGCCAGAAUGAACUCAAAAACAUCGCAAUGCAGCUGUAGUGCAUCCGAAAAACAUUGCAACUCUGUUGACGUUUUGUUUUGGUGCGAUAACUGCAAAAUUAUUGCACUUAGUGGACUUGCAGUUAAAAAGCAUUGCAGCUUAACCGUUUGCGCCAAGCGAACGUCUACUAUACUCGUCUCUAGACGUGUUUGUUAUGAGUGGCGAGAAUUUGUUGGGUGCCGUUUGACUGAGUUGAUAUUUAAAACCAGUCAAAAUGGCAUAGACCAUAAACAUAGCCAAAGUAAUAGAGAGGGCACACAAACAUAUACAAAGAACAACUUGCGCCUUCUUGGAUGGAUCAUGUGUACUCACGAUGUUGAAUGAGUGAGCGCUUAGUUGUCAAUAUGCCCAGCAUGAGUUACUGUGUACUUAUCUGAGAAGAUAUCAUUAGUUACCUGUUAUAUUUUACUUAACAAUAAAUUGUUUACAUUCCUUAUUUUUCCAAUAUGUGUUUUUAAUAACCUGUAACUAGUCAUUUUCGAAUUGCACUCUCAAAACAGGAAGCACAAGCGUCAAAAAGUAACCCAAUACUCAAAAUUGUAAUUCAAAACAAAUCGUAAUGAAUAUAGGACUCCUCUGAAUGAACUCAAAACGAAAAUUAGACACGCAAUUAGAACAAAAAGCAGAUGAACAGUGAUUUUAAGAUAUUAUUAAAUAUUACCUAUUGAACAAAGAAAAAAAAAAACACACGUAUAGUCAAAAUACACGAGAAAGGGUAAACCCACUCCUGUAGGAAACGAUGAGAAACCGAUUCUAGUCCUGAUUGUAUUUAGAGAAAAGAAAAAAAAAGAGAUGCUAAGCAUAAUCUUACACAAAAUUGGUACCUUAACAUUGUAACGUAUAUAGUUAUUAUUUUUCACUUUCCUCUAUAAUGAAACUAGAAAACCGAAACGAAGAAUAAUGUAACGAAAACGGAAGAUUGCUGCAAUUUAGACGAAGAUGAACUCUCGCGACAAUUAGUUCUUAAGCACUCUCAUACAAACAAUCACGCGCCAUAUUGGUUAACGCGCCAGCAUUCAAGAAAUUUUAAAAAAAACGUCAUCACACGUCAGCUGUCAAGUUGACACGCCCAAUGGGCAUUGUUUAUGUUUUCCUUUUACGCCCGGUUCCUGUCGCUCCUCCAACAGCCUCUGUACGUACAGAUAUUAGUCAAUUUGCAUGUGUGAUAUUUUCUAUAUAUACAUUGUGAUUUAUCUGUGUCUUCUUUUGUGCCGUCGCAUCCGUCAGUGUGACACGUUCCCGAGCAUUGUUUACCCGCAAUAAGGCGUUUGUUUUGUUUGAUCGAUUCGCUCUCCGUGUGUUGUUGUUGUUGUUAUACAUACUCGCGAUGACACGUUUGUAGAAUUUACAUGCGCGUUAAUCGACACUAUCCAAAUUUACACUGGCAAUUACAUAUCAUCGGACGGAAUCACAACGGAACUAUUGUUUACAUAACGAGUUAAAACAAAUGCGCCCUUUCUACUACCAGCUACCACGCACAAAACCAUUUUUUUUCCUCCAUCAUCGAUCGCUUCCCCGAGUUCCUACUUACGUUUACGUUUCCGCAGUCCAUCAUAAAACCUCAAAGUCUGAUCAAUACUCUGAGUUUCCGUUUUACGUUGAAACUUAUCAAUGUAAAAAUCCAUGUAAGUAAAAAGUCACCCACCGUGUAUUGCUCUCGGCUUCCCAUAGUUCGCGCGUUAGAACGUCUUGUUUGAUGAUCGAUCGGCAGUUGUUAAGUGCUUUUGACUUUUAUCUCCCCUACUAAAAACUGUCUGUUUUAUAAUACUGAAAAAGUGCAUGCAUGAGCCUAAGAGGUAGUUUGUGGUCCAGUCCACAGUGAAAUAUGAAAAUUUGUCUUCUUGUUUUCCAAUCGAAGCUACCGAAGCGAAAAUUAGACAAACCUUCCGCGUUUGGUUGUUGACAUUUAACUGACAGCUCGAGCUGUCAAACCACACAGAACAGUAUGCAACAGUUUAAAAAUGGUUACGACAACCUCCACAUCACUCACGUAACAACAUAUUAACAUUUCCGAUUCAAUAAAAAAACACGUUAUGAAAUAGACCGAAUUCAGGAGAAUGAAAACAACAAAAACCAAACAGAAUGUUAUAAGAAAAUAGUAAACAAUAUUCGAAUUAUAUGGUAACGCCGCGUCAGGAGGAGGUCAGACAACAUGGUCGAUCGUGAAGUGAGAGUUGAAUGGUCACAUGGUUGCGCCACCACACACCACCCUUAACAAUUGAGGAACUUUGAAAGGAAAUAAAUAAUAACAAUUGACAAAUUUGACAA